AUGGCCGCCGUUUGUGUUUCGCCUUCUUCAGUUACCGUUGGACCGUUGGUGGUGGUGGUGGUGGCGCGCUCCGUCGGAUCCGCUCUCCGCGCUCCAAUCAUGAUACCGGAUUCGGAAAGCGUUUGUCAAACAUCCGAGGCUGCGGUCAGGAGCACGGACGACGUGUAUCGCAAGAUUAAAAACGUGGCGGAAGGGGAAGCGGCCUCGGUCACCGCUUGGAAGCGAUAUCAGCAACUGGUGGCGAUAGUCGAGUCAAGGGGAGGAAAGUUCAACCGGAAGUCGAUGAUCGAGGCGAUAUUUCGAGGAAACGAUCUCGUAUACGCGAGCCAUUGAUCUCCUUCCAUCGAUCUCGCUUCAGAACAAGUUGCAAUUUCUUUACCAAAGCAUUAAUUUCUAUAUAUAUAUAUAACAAUAGUGUAACGAUUUUCAUUGAAAGGAUUAUCGAUGAUCGCGAAGAAAAAUGAAAACAACGAGAACACGCUCGAUAUUUCGUUCGUUGUAUCGCGAGAGUCGAUCAAGUCGAUUGCGACAACGUGGCCAAUAAUCGACGACCAUCCCAACAUUAUUAUUAUUAUUCCUUUUCCCCCCCUAGAUUCGUGCUCGAAUGAUAAUUUGCCGUCGGCGAAUGUAAUCAGAUGUAACGAAUAACGAUGCCAAACCGUGUAAUUGCUAGUCAACGUAAUAAAACGCAGUGUAUACGUAGAUCGAUAGGAUAAUUAAGCGAUUAAGCGAUUAGGGACGUGCACGUGUAAUCUCUUUGACGAAUUUGCUGUAAUAAUUAAUAACUUCAAGGGACCCUUGAAGUUCGCUUUUUGAAGAGAAAAAAAGAAUAUAUCGAUACACGUGAUCCGUCUUAAUUGCGCAUCCGGGUAGCCGUGAGAAGAGAAUUUCACGAUAACUUUCGAUCGUGAUUGCGAGAGCCGAUUUUUUUGUAAAGAGCCACGCUAUAUAUAUAUAUAUAUAUAUAUAUACACAUAUAAGCUCUUUUUUCGCUCUUCUUUCUCACAAUUGUAUCGUAAAAAUAAAUCUUUUCCUUGAUAUACAUAUAUAUAUAUAUAUAUGAAAAAAGAAAAAUCUAGUCUAGCGUGUUAGAUUAUAAAAUCUUGCAUCUUGUAUUUUUCGCGCAGUAGGGAAUGAAAAAUACACCAGCGAUACACAAAUGUCUGCCACAUACGCAUAUAUUGUAUAUAUAUUUAACGAAUUAAAUAAUACCGUACACACAUACGCAUAAAUGUACAAGAUAUAUACAAUACGAUCUCCACGCGCGAUAAUCGUAGACGCGAUAAAAUGUAUCGUUUGCGGAAUUUCACGAUCGAUGCAAUCAUACAUUUCGUAUACGUAUAUAUUUUACAUUGUUCGCAUCUCUGUUUAAACCUCGUCUAAUACAUAUCGCAAGAAUGUAACGUAAAACUUAGCCUUGUCGCAAUUUUCGAUCCCACGAGUGUGGUUACGUCGAUUUAUGAACGGAUGACGCGAUAUAUUAUUAUUAUUAUUAUUAUUAUUAUAUUAUCGUGCCGGUUUUUUAAAACCGGUUUUUUUCGGAUUUUCUUUCCUUCUCCCGUAUCUAUUCUCCCGUAACGUGUUGCCUUUUCUUUCUUUUUCUUUUUUUUUUAAACGAAUUUUCCAUCGAUGCAAUUUCGUUCGCCGAUUCGUUUGUGCAAAGAUUCUAAGAUAAGAAAAAAAAUUUUUCUCGCAUCUCGAAGCUGGUAAAAAUGGAUCGAACGAGAGAAGUCGAGGAAUCGAAUUAAUUAACAACUCGUUUGACCAAACUUAUUGCAUUCUUUGCGAACUUUCCAAUUCGACUACUUCCGUGUGUAGCUGUUAUAUAAUUUUCUAGAUCUUAGGUUGUGCUCAGGAACUGCAGGAGAUUACCUCGCGAUUUCUCCCCGAGGGUUCUCUCUUGCUUUCUUUGAAACGAAGAAACUUCUUUUCAGCCUUAACGAUCCGCUUGUAUAUAUAUAUAUAUAUAUAUAUAAAGAAAGAAAGAAAAAAAAAAACUCUGUAUUUCGUCAAACCAAUUUGUAAAUCCAUACAAUCAGUUCAUAUUUUCCUAGAGAAGAGAAAAGAAAAAAGACGAAUUUUAUUCGAAAGAACACAUUGCACAGUCUUUCCAUGUUGCUCUUGUACCAAAAAUUCUAUGCGUCGUUUCAGAAAUGACUUUUUCUUCUUCUUCUUCUUCUUCUUCUAUACAAAAUAUAUCUUAGCUUCUUAAAAGAAAAA